AUGACCACAUCUCGAUCGCCUUGUUUUACUCCCUCUCCUCCCCAGCUUCUCUGUUUUUGUUGGUGGUGGUGCCGGUGUUUGUUUAGCUCGCCACGUUUUUUUUUUAAUAUUUAUGGCUUGAAGAUGACGCACUAUUUGGAAUGUGUUUUGUACUGUUUUUUUUCUUUUGCUGAUUUAUUAGUAUUGUUUUAUUUGCUGGUUGUGUCACCGGUCGCUGCUGCCUUUUGGCUCUGUUUUUCUUCUUCUGUCCGUUUGGCUGCGGCGUCGGCUCUUCACCAUCUGGGUUUGGCUUUAUUUCGACAGUACUCUCUUUCUCCCUCCAUUUUACUGGUGUGGUAUUCUCCCAUAACGUCGUCUUCUUUGUUGUUGUUGAUGGUGAUGGUGUUGAUGUGA